GCGGACGUCGGGCCCGGGGCCGCCCCCGCGUUCUGGGGGCGCCCGGAGGGCUUCGAAGGUGGAUCCGGGGCGCUGGAGAGGCUUCGGCAGCGGGCGGCCUCGGUCUUCGCUUUUAUCCUUCCCUGCAGAGCGCUAAUGAGCUUAUCUGCUCCUUCUGGGAUGUAGAGUAAGCACGGGAGUCGGCGUAGAUUUUACCAAUCCAUAACAUGGUGGCAGUGCUGGAAGUGAUCUCCAGCCUGGAGAAAUACCCCAUUACCAAAGAGGCACUUGAGGAAACAAGGCUUGGGAGGCUUAUCAAUGAGGUGAGGAAGAAAACAUCCAAUGAGGAACUUGCCAAACGUGCCAAGAAAUUGUUGCGGAAUUGGCAAAAGUUGAUAGAACCUGUAACCCCGAAUGAGGCGGUGCCAAGAGGGCUGCAGAAUCCGCCCGGAUCAGCAAAUGGUGGUGCUCACAACUGCAAACCAGAAGCGCCCCUUCCUGCCGUGGCUGGGUCAAAACCCAUCAGUGAAUUGAAAAGCAGGAACGAUAUCCAGAAACUAAAUUCUCCAAAACCAGAGAAAUUGGGAAAUCGGAAAAGGAAAGGUGAACAUAGGGAUGGGCAUCAGGGCCCUCCUCCCCCGAAAGUCUCCAAAGUUAGUCAUGAAAUAUUACAAAACUCUUCACCCCCUCCAACAAACGGAAUUGGAGGUAGUCCCGAGAAUUUUCCUAGUCCUGUAGAUGUAAAUCUACAUGCAGGGCCUGAAAGCAGCAGGACAGAACUUAGUGAAAAUGAUAAACACAAUAAGAUCCCAGUAAAUGCUGUAAAACCUCACACCAGUUCUCCAGGACUCGUAAAACCUUCAAGCACUUCCUCCUUAUUAAAGACUGCAGUGCUUCAGCAGCAUGAUAAAUCGGAAGAAACCUCCGGGUCGCACCAACCCAAGAGUCCGCGCUGCUCCUCGUUUAGUCCUAGGAAUGUCAGGCACGAUGCGUUUGCGCGGCAGCAUACCACAUACUCACCAAAGGAUUCAAUGCCUAGCCCAUCUCAAAGGUCUCAGUUCUUAGAUACUGCACAGGUGCCAUCACCACCACCAUCCUUGAUGCAACCAUCAACACCUCCAAUGCCAGCGAAAAGACUGGAGUUCUCUCAGCAAUCAGUAUCUGAGGUGUCUCAGCACUGGCAGGAGCAGCAGGUACCUUCUGACAGCCAGCACAGGCACACAGCAGGGACACUUCCACAGCACACAUCUCCCAGUUGCAAAACCAGCUCCCACCCGGGGGAAUCUCUCGUGUCGCACAUUGGCUUUUCACAGGACGCUUCAAAAAUGGACAGUGAUGAUGCUGCUUCAGGUUCAGAUAGCAAAAAGAAGAAAAGGUACCGACCUAGAGACUAUACAGUCAACUUGGAUGGGCACGUGACAGAAGGGGGUGUGAAACCUGUGAGAUUAAAAGAGAGAAAGCUCACUUUUGAUCCCAUGACAGGACAGAUAAAACCUUUAACACCGAAAGAUCCUUUGCAGGUAGAAAUCCCUGCACUUACUGAACAGCACAGGACAGAAACGGAAAAGCAGGAGCAAAAACCCAACCUGCAAAGCCCCUUUGAACAAACGAACUGGAAAGAAUUGUCCAGAAACGAAAUAAUUCAGUCAUAUUUAAACAGACAGAGUAGCUUGCUGUCUUCAUCAGGAGUACAGACUCCAGGAGCUCACUACUUUAUGUCUGAAUAUUUAAAGCAGGAGGAAAGCACUAGAAAAGAGGCUAGAAAGACUCACGUUCUAGCUCCUAACAGCAAACCUACAGACUUGCCUGGGGUCACGAGGGAGGUCACGAGUGAUGAUCUCAACAGAAUACGUGAACAUAACUGGCCAGGCGUGAACGGUUGUUAUGAUACACAGGGUAACUGGUAUGAUUGGACACAGUGCAUAUCUUUAGAUCCACAUGGGGAUGAUGGUAGAUUGAACAUCCUGCCUUACGUCUGCCUAGACUGAGUACAGGUUUGCUAAAAUGCUUUUACAUUUGCAGUUAGCAAGAAUGGCAGACACUAUGCCACUUAAAGAUGGAGAAAGCCUCCUGUCCUGGACAAAUAGGCCCAACGAGCAGAGGGUGAGAGGGAGCUGGUUAUGUACAGCUCUUCCCUUUAAAUUCUCCUUUUGUGAAAUGCUGCUACCAGUUUACUAACAAUUGCAAAGGAAGGCAUACGAAGGUUGAGAAAACUGAGUUCAAAACUCUAUAGCGAGCCAGCUAUAAAAAAGUGUUAGUCCCCAAAAGCGAAGAUGAUUUCCAGCACUUUCUGAAUGCCGGAAUCUGACUACAGGCAGGUACAGAGAAAAUUGUGGAAGUUACCAUAACAAAAUAUGCAUCUAUUUAUUUGACUUGAUUUGGGUUUUUAUUUGGCAGUGAGAUAUUCAAGAGACGAUGUGCAAAAACUGUAGUUUUAUUUGUAUCGCAUCUCUGAACAUGAUUGUGUUUUUAAAGUCAUGUGGUACGGAGAUUGGGUUUUAAACAGCAGGUGUUGCACUGCAGGCUGGGAGACCAGCUUCAGCUCAACAUUCCAUGGGCAUCCACAUAUUUCAGUCUGGUUUCAGUUUAAAUCCAGUCUCUGAGAAAUGCUGCAAAAACUAGAUGUUUAAUGACAUUUUGAUCCCACCACCACCACCAGCCAAAUAUUUUUCCUCCUUUUCCCUUCCUGCAAACUUCUAGGAAAAAAAAAAAUCACCUUUUCUAGAAUUUAAAUGUAACGAGGGUGCUACAAGUUCGUAACUGUACUGUGAGAGGGAAAAAGGAAGCCUGUUUGUAUGCUGGAAAUAUACUUGUUACCAUUCCUUUAGAUAUUGUUUGCCUUAUGGAUAUCCAUCAUAAACGCAAUUUGCAAAAACAAAGAGCCUUAGUGAAUGUACAGUACCUAGACUUCUGUGUUCCUGGGAUGCAGAAGGGAGCAACUUUGCUAUUUGGUCCUUUAAGUGGACACAUUGUGAUAUAAAUGUGGAAAUAAAAAAAAUUUGCACA